UGUGGCAAUGACAGCGAAGAAGAUUUGUUUGGGGACUAUGAUAGCUUUUAUGGGAAUGAUUCUUUGCUGGCUCAAGUGGAUGAUCUGGAACACAAGUACCUGCAGGAGAGAAAUUUGGAUGUGGAGGAAGCUGAGGAAGUCAUACUUGGGAAUCAUCAGUCAGGAAUUCACCAGGAACAAGAAGAUGAAUUCUCUGCUGGAGAAAAUGUCCUCAAAGAUGCCUCAGAGGGUGUUUGCCAGAUACAGGGCGGGGAGCUGCUGGAUUGCCAUGGAGAACCAGCUGAAUCUGUUUUAGAUGACUUGCCAUCAUCACAGCUUUUGUGUUUUGAGAAAACGGGGGAACUUUUUUCUGGUUCUGGAGCACCUCCAGUCCCAGGAGGGAGGAAGACAUGUGGGACUUCUUCCUUAGACAAAAUCAGGAGCUCAUCACCUUUCUAUGCUGCUUCUGAGCACAGGCACAGACCUACUGACUCUUCCUCGAACUCCAAGUGUGUUUCACUUAAAACUGAGAGUCUUAAAGAUCACCUCAAAAGUGCCAUGACUGGAAAUGCCAAAGCUCACACUCAGCAGGUCUCUAAGACCAAACAGCUUAAAGAAGCUGUCUUAUCUGAAGAGAUUUUUGUUGCUAGGAAAGCUAUUGAAUCUUCUUCUGUUGAUAUAGGCCCUUUUUAUGGAUUACCUAGCAAAGUUAAGGAUUUAUUCGGACAACUCCGAGGGAUUGAGACACUUUAUGAGUGGCAGCAUGAUUGCUUGAUGUUAGAGUCUCUACAGCAAAGAAAGAACUUGAUCUACUCAUUGCCAACCAGUGGUGGAAAAACACUUGUGGCUGAAAUAAUCAUCCUCCAAGAACUACUCUGCAGGCAGAAGGAUGUCCUGAUGAUCCUGCCAUAUGUUGCCAUUGUCCAAGAAAAGGUCUGGAUUAGGUCUUUGACAAGUUUUGGCAUAGAAUUGGGUUUCCUGGUUGAAGAAUAUGCAGGAAGUAAAGGAAGAUUUCCACCAAUCAAAAGGAGAAUGAAAAAAUCUCUUUACAUUGCUACUAUAGAAAAAGGACAUAGUCUGGUGAAUUCCUUAAUUGAAGCAGAAAGAAUCCAUGACCUUGGGCUGGUUGUGGUUGAUGAGCUGCAUAUGUUGGGUGAGGGAAGUCGUGGAGCAACCCUGGAAGUUACCCUGGCCAAAGUCCUUUACACCAGUAAAAACACACAAAUCAUUGGCAUGAGUGCAACACUGAGUAAUGUUGGAGACCUGCAAAAGUUCCUGCAAGCAGAGUACUACACCAAUCACUUCAGGCCG